GACAGUGUUGCCUUCCCUGAGUUUUAUUCCGGUGCGACGGAAGGUUGGGGUCUUUUCGUCUCUCAAUCAUAUUUUAUACUUUUUAAUGAAAACAAACAUUCAGAAGACCACAGAAUUACAGUGGCCGUUUCAGUUGCACCCGUCGUUGCUCAUCAGUGGUUUGGAAACUUGGUGACGAUGGAAUGGUGGGAUGAUUUGUGGCUCAAUGAGGGAUUCGCAACGUACGUCGCAUAUACUAGUACAAACGAUAUUUUUCCGGACUGGUCAAUGAUGGAGAUUUUUACAUUCGAUACGGUUUCAGCACUUCUGAAAGACGAUUCUUUUGAUUUCUCUCGUCCUAUGAUCAGUCCGGCUGACAACACUGAAGACAUUAUGCAGAACUAUGAUUCAAUUUCAUUUUAUAAAGGAGCCGCAUUAAUUCAGAUGCUGGAGAACGUAGUUGGAUCUGACGUAUUCAGCAGAGCCAUCAAUAACUACCUCAUCAGCCACCAGUUUCAUAGUGCAACGAGUGACGAUCUCUGGGCAGUAUUCUCUUGGCAGGUGACAAAAGAUUGUUUCAUUUUAUUUUUGUAG